AUGGAUGAUAACAUUAAUGAAACUAAAAAUAUAGAAAAUAAUGUUAUAGAAAAUAAUAAUGAUCAGUGUAAUAAUACAGAUAGUAAUAAUAAUAAUAAUGAAAUUUAUAACACAGAAAAUAAUUUACAAAAUAAUAUUGAAAUAAUAAAAGAAGAUAAAAAAAUUAAUGAUGAUAUAAAAAAUGAAAAUAUUUCACAUUCUAUUGAACUAAAUAAACAAUGCGGUAGUGAAAUUAAUAAUAAUAUAAGUGACCAUAUACCAGAAAGUAGUGAUAUUUCAAACAAUAAUUUAAUAGAUACAAAUAAUAUCAACUAUAAUAAUGUUGGUGUACAAAUUACUUUUGAAAAUUUAUCAUAUAAAGUUAUAAAUUUAAAAUAUAAAAAACAACUAAAAAUAAAAAAAAAAUAUGAAGAACAAAUUAAUAAAUUAAAAAGAGAUAACAAACAAAUUGAUUUAGAAAAAAUGGAAUCUAAUGAAUACUCCAAUCAAGCAACAAGGGGUGGGGAUGUUAUAGAAAAAGAACUAACCAUUUUAUCGAAUGUAUCUGGAGUUAUUGAAAAAGGGGAAAUGACUGCCCUUUUUGGACCAUCGGGAUCAGGUAAAUCAACACUAUUAGAUAUUUUAGCAAAAAGGAAAUCUACAGGUUCAAUAACUGGUAAACUUUUAGUUAAUGGAAAAGAACUUGGUGACGCUUACAAAAAGUACUGUUCCUAUGUUACACAAGAGGAAAUAUUAUUAGAAACAUCAACUGUAGAAGAAACAUUAAAACUUCAUGCAGAUUUAAGAUUACCAGGGAUGAGUGAUAAUGAUAAAUGGAAAAGGGUAUACCAAGUAUUGCAAGAUAUAGGGUUAACAAAAAAAGCAAAAUCAAAGAUUGGUGGAGUCUUACCUGGGGGAAUGGUUUUAAAGGGUUUAUCAGGUGGUGAAAAGAAAAGAGUUUCCAUUGGUUGUGCAUUAGUUACAAAUCCAUCUCUACUUUUAUUAGAUGAACCUACCAGUGGUUUAGAUAGUACAUCUGCAUUGGUUGUUAUGAAAGUUCUCCAAAAUUUAACCCAAAAAGGUGUUACUGUUAUUUUUAAUUUAUUUACAAAAAUAAUGGUUGUAUUAAAAGGAAGGAUGUUUUAUAUAGGUGGAGAUGUUUUGGGGUAUUUAGCAUCUUUGGGGUACAAAUGUCCAAAUCAUGAAAACCCAGCAGACUUUUGUCUAGACUCGUGUAUUGAAAUUGCAAAUAGUUCAGACUUCACAACCAUUGUAGAUAAUUGGGACAACUACUACAAAAAUGAAGUAGCCCCAACUAUAUGUAAUAAUGAUGUUAAUAAAGAGGUGGAUAAAGGUGUGUCUAUGCUUUAUCAAUAUAAAGUAUUACAGCAUAGGUCUCUAAGAUACUUUUUAAGGAACAAAAUUGGGUUUGCUUCUCGUGUAGUAAUUGGUUUGCUUGUUGGCCUUUUGUUUUCAGCAUGUUUUGGUGGUUUAAAAAAUACUCAAGAGGAUAUAUCAAAGGAAACUGGAGCUCUUUUCUUUUUAAUGGCAUCUCUAAGUUUACUACCCUAUGCAUGCAUAUCCACAUUUUUGUCUACAAGAACACUAUUCAACUCUGAAAGGGCUUCCAAAAUAUACAAAACAUUGCCUUUUUUCCUCAGCUCGAUGUUUAUUGAAAUUUUCGUGGGUAUCGUUGUAUCUGCCAUUGUAGUAAUCAUAGUGUAUACCAUUUCAAACUUCAGAUGGAAUUUCGUUAGUUUUAUACUCACCUAUUUUGGAUUUUUAUUUAUACAUCUAUUCUCUGUAUUUAUGGUAAUUGCUGUUUCAAAUAUAACUGGUACAGUGGAUUUAACAUUCACCUAUAGUACAGGUCUCUCAAUUAUAUAUUUAUUAUUUGCUGGGUUCUUUGUGCCAGUAAAUCAAUUACCAAAAAGCUUUGGCUGGUUGCACUAUAUUAAUCCAUUACAUUAUGGAUUCUCAAGCUUAAUGAUAGCUCAAUUUAAAGAUAGGGAAAUAGAGUGUCCUACACCUGUUCCAAACGACCCAUCCUCCAUAUGUCUUUACCCAAAUGGUAAUUUGGUUCUCAAACAAUUUUCACUUCAAGAUUACACCUAUGGUGAAACUUUAGGGAUAUUAAUAGUUUGGACAUUUUUUUAUUACUGUUUAGCCUAUUUUGCUAUUCAUUAUUUUAAUAAAGAAAAAAGAUAA